CCCGGAUGUUGUUGCUAUACAAUAACUGAGUUAGUAGGAGCAUAUUUCUUAUACUAUAGCUUAAUGUUUUGCGUGCUGCCCCCCGGUUGAACUUGUCAAAAUGGAGGAAGAGGAGCCGCUGCGGUCUUUCAUGUUUCUGAUGACUUACAUGCUGCUGAAGCGCAGGAGAGACAUAAACAACGCUCACAGCCAGAGGCGCAGUGAGAUCCAAACACGCAUCCGACAUCGGCAGUACUUCUUCCAAAGACAGAGGAGAAUGCUGAUGAUGAUGAUAGCAGGAGGCAUCCACUCCAACGUCCGCAUCCGCACACGUCCCUGGACCACCACUCCAAGCACUGAUUGGUGGGAACGGGUGGUGAUGACAGAAUUCCAGCCCUCGGAUUGGCUGGAUAAGUUCCGGAUGAGCCGAGAGACAUUUUUCUACCUCUGUGACAAACUGCGGCCCCGUCUGGCUCGCCAGGACACCAGCUUCCGUCUAGCACUGCCGGUGGAGAAACGUGUAGCUGUGGCUCUGUGGCGUCUAGCAUCGAAUAUCGAGUACCGCACCAUCAGCACCCUCUUUGGUGUGGGGAAGUCCACUGUGUGCAGGUGUGUUAGAGACAUGUGUCAUGCCAUUGUGGCUCUCCUCAGCACAAUCUACCUGCACCCCCCCAACGAGCAGGAGCUGGAAGAUUCAGCCCAGCUAUUCUUGUCCAAUUGGGGCUUCCCUCACUGCGCCGCUGCCAUAGUAACUCUCCACACGGCUAUCAUCACCCCAUCAAGCAACACGUCCGACUAUGCCAACCCUGCUGGCUGGCUCUCAGUGCUGUCUCAGGUGGUAAAAACACCCUUUUGUGCAAAUAAAUGCCCACUAAGUUGUCCUACAUCACAUUUUGUUUUGACUGUUUGUCUUUUGGUGUUUCAGGUGGCUGUUAGUGGGCGGGGGCAAUUCUGGGAUGUAUGUGCCAGUUUUCCAGGAGGGACGGACCCAGCUGACAUCUUACAGAAUUCAUCCCUGUGGGCCACAGCUGCAGAGGGUGGAUUGUCACCUUCCCCACCACCCAUCUUCAUGGGAAAACCACUUGGGUAUGUGUUGCUUGGGGAGCCCUGCUACCCGCUCCAGAGCUGGCUGAUGAAGGCCUAUCCUGAAGAGAAAGGCAGAAGGAUAAGUCACGCAUCACUGACGGAGCCACAGCGGCUCUUUAACCGGCGGCUCACCAGAGCGCUGCAUGUGGCCGAGGAGGCGCUGCUGAGGCUGAGGGCACGCUGGCAGUGCCUAAGCAAAAGGAACGACUGUGGGCUGGAUGUGGUACCCACGAUGAUCCUGGCCUGCUGCAUUCUGCACAACAUAUGCGAGUCUCACGGGGACACUUUCAAGGCUGAGUGGCAGGAGGAGGUAUCCGAGUCUGAGAGCCCCCAACCUAGCCACAAGCCACUCAUCUCAACCAACAUAGACCAAAGUCAUGCUGAGGAGAUCCGGGGCCUCUUCUGUGACUAUUUUGAACAGCAGAGUAAUUGAGAAUCAUUGUUACACAUGAGGAAUAAUGUUACUGAAAUUCUUGUAAACAUUUGUACUAUUAUAUUGUAGUAUCCCACAAGUAACAUUGCUGUCCUUUUGGGAUGGAAACAUUAGUCUGUCAUUCAGUC